AGACGAAACCCUAGCUCUGAUUUUUUAUUCCGAUGGAGUCGGGCGAGCGGCGCAAUGGCGAUUCGAUGAGUCACAAUCACCGUGCACCGAAGAAGCCACGCCUCGCUGGGUUAUUAACCGAGUCAGAUAUCGACUCCGAGUUCGCUCACCACCAGACCGGUGUUGCCAGAAUCAACAACGGUAGCUUCGGCUGCUGUCCUGGCUCCGUUCUCGAGGCGCAGCGUGAGUGGCAGCUUCGUUAUCUCCGUCAGCCUGAUGACUUCUACUUCAACGGCCUCCGUCGUGGACUUCUCGCUUCUCGAACUGUGAUCAGUGACCUAAUCAACGCCGAUGAUGUUGACGAGGUCUCGCUCGUUGAUAACGCAACCACUGCUGCAGCUAUUGUUCUUCAGAAAGUUGGAAGGUGUUUCUCUGAAGGGAAGUAUAAGAAGGAAGAUACUGUAGUGAUGUUUCACUGUGCGUUUCAGAGUGUGAAGAAGUCGAUUCAGGCUUAUGUCUCUCGUGUGGGAGGUUCCACUGUUGAGGUUAGGUUACCUUUCCCUGUUAAUUCGAAUGAAGAGAUUAUCUCCAAGUUUAGAGAAGGAUUAGAGAAAGGUAGAGCGAAUGGUAGAACGGUUAGGUUAGCUAUCAUUGACCAUAUAACGUCGAUGCCGUGUGUUUUGAUGCCGGUACGAGAAUUGGUUAAAAUCUGCAGAGAAGAAGGUGUGGAGCAGGUUUUUGUUGAUGCAGCUCAUGCCAUUGGUAGUGUUAAAGUUGAUGUCAAAGAAAUCGGAGCUGAUUACUAUGUGAGUAAUCUGCAUAAAUGGUUCUUUUGUCCGCCGUCUAUAGCGUUUUUCUAUUGUAAGAAACGUGGUUCUGAGUCUGAUGUUCAUCACCCUGUGGUGUCUCAUGAGUUUGGAAAUGGUUUGCCUAUAGAAAGUGCCUGGAUUGGGACUAGGGAUUACAGUUCGCAGCUUGUGGUUCCAUCGGUAAUGGAUUUUGUAAACAGAUUCGAGGGAGGGAUCGAAGGGAUAAUGAUUAGGAACCAUGAUGAAGCUGUUAGAAUGGGGUUAAUGCUGGCUGAUGCUUGGGGAACGAAUCUCGGGUCACCUCCUGAAAUGUGUGUUGGGAUGGUUAUGAUCGGUUUACCUUCAAAACUGUGUGUUGAAAGUGAUGAAGAUGCUACUAAGUUGCGGUCAUAUCUGCGGGGGCAUAACUCAGUCGAGGUUCCAGUUUAUUUUCUCGGAUUGAGGGAUGGAGAGGAAGGAGUGAAAGACAAAGACAGUGGACUAAUUACUGCGUAUGUUCGGAUUUCUCAUCAGAUUUAUAACAAAACUGAGGAUUAUGAGAGAUUGAGAGACGCAAUAACAGAGUUAGUCAAGGAUCAAAUGACAUGAGAUUACUCACUGCCUUUUGAGAUCUUCACUUGCCAGAGCGUUGUGAAACUGAAACUUGGGUCUGGUUUUGUUAUUGACAUUCUCCCUAAGAAUGCUUUGCUUCCUGCUCUCAAGACUCUCCUUCUUGAUUCAGUUCGGUUCGAUAAUACUGGUGGUUGUGCGUUUACAAGGCUUCUUUCUGCUUGCCCUCUGUUUGAUACAUGCGAUGAAGCAGACACAGUGUUUGAAAACAUGUCUCAUUUAGAUUUGCCAAGUGAAGCAGAUGUCUGCUGGGAUCCUCUAAAACUUUUUGUUAAGAAAUCUCCAAAUCUGAAGACUCUUACCAUUGAGAGGAAGAAGAUGGCUGAUGAGACAGAGAAACCUAUUAGGUUACUCAAUUUCGUCUCGGAGGAACAGUUAGAUGAAUCGAAGAAAGAAAGAGGUGAAAGAGUUGAAGAUGGAACAUUCCAGAGAGACAGAGCUCUCUACGAGAUUUUGAAAGAGAACAAAGACAAGAAAGACGCUGAGUUUAAUGAACGAUUCAAGCAUAGACCACCCAAAGCUCUGGAUGAAGAUGAGACUGAGUUUCUUGAUAAACUGGAAAUGUCAAAGAGGGAAUAUGAACGACAAUUAGCUAAUGAAGAGGAAGAACAGCUUCGUAGUUUCCAGGCAGCGGUUGCAGCACGAUCAGCAAUCCUUCACGAACCAAAGGAAGCAGCACCUCCACCACCAGCUCCAAUCACCAAGGAACAAAAACCAACCGGGAAGAGAAAUCCUGCGACUUUAGGCUUAGUCUCAUAUAGUGAUGAAAGUGAAGACGAUAAUUAACAUUUUGUGUUACUGACACAAGAAUCUCUGUAAACAUUCACAAUGAAUCGAUAAAUUGAAU